AUGAAUUCAAACACUGCACACAACCCUGUGUUUCUGGUAUUUCCUCCAGAGAUCACUGUUCCCGAAUUUCAGUCAACGGACCAUACAGCCACAACCUAUGACUCUAUUAUGCCCUUUCCAAAACGACUUACUAAAAAAAUGAAAAUCUUAGGGACUAUCCAGAUCCUGUUCGGACUGAUGAACUUUUCUUUUGGAAUCAUUUUACUUUUCACCUUUGAAAACCCAUACCCAAGGUUCCCCUUCAUAUUUGUUUCAGGAUAUCCAUUCUGGAGCUCCGUUCUGUUCAUUAAUUCUGGAGCUUUUCUAGUUGCACUGGAAAGAAAAACCACAGAAACUCUGGUGACGAUGAGUCGAACCAUGAACUGUCUCAGUGCCCUGGCAGCAACAGCUGGAAUCAUUCUCCUCACAUUUGGUUUCAUUCUAGAUCAGCACUACUUUUGUGGCUAUUCUGAAGAAGCCAGUCAGUGUCAGGCAAUUACCACCCUAUUCAUUGGAAUUUUGAUUAUGCUGAUGGCCUUCAGCAUUAUUGAACUAGUCAUUUCUCUGUCUUUCUCGAUUUUGAGGGGAAACGUUAACGGUAGUGACUAUUGUGAGGAAUGCUGUUGAAUAGCACUGCAAGAAUAAAGAUGUGUUAUAAUAUUAUUGAGCGAUGAGUUAUGCUUGUGAGGAAAAGCCAAGAGGAACAUAAUCUUGAGGCUGGCGAUUCUUGGAGGCAAAGAGAAGUGACUCAAGGGAGUGGGGUCUGGAAACAUUGUAGCUGAUAAAACACAUCGUGCCUCUUGGCAGCGCCAUCUCCUCCUCUCCCCAAAUCACACAGUCUCCGUGGUGUCAACUCCUCUGUUAGUCAUGCAUUCACUGAAGAAAAGGACAGCACUGUAGGGUUGGUUGUCACUGUCCAAACAGAGAAAUGAACGAAAGCCCAGCACAUGGAUGGAGAGACCAGGUCCAAGACACCUCCUGCUAAUUCUCCAAGAGAC